GUGCACCACCUCGCGUCACACCAGGUGCACCACCUCACGUUACACCAGGUGCACCACCUCGCGUCACACCAGGUGCACCACCUCGCGUCACACCAGGCGCACCACCUCGCGUCACACCAGGCGCACCACCUCGCGUCACACCAGGUGCCCCACCUCACGUUACACCAGGUGCACCACCUCGCGUCACACCAGGUGCACCACCUCGCGUCACACCAGGCGCACCACCUCGCGUCACACCAGGUGCACCACCUCGCGUCACACCAGGCGCACCACCUCGCGUCACACCAGGUGCACCACCUCGCGUCACACCAGGUGCACCACCUCGCGUCACACCAGGUGCACCACCUCGCGUCACACCAGGUGCACCACCUCACGUCACACCAGGUGCACCACCUCGCGUCACACCAGGUGCACCACCUCGCGUCACACCAGGUGCACCACCUCGCGUCACAUCAGGCGCACCACCUCGCGUCACAUCAGGCGCACCACCUCGCGUCACACCAGGUGCACCACCUCGCGUCACACCAGGCGCACCACCUCGCGUCACACUAGGUGCACCACCUCGCGUCACACCAGGUGCACCACCUCGCGUCACACCAGGCGCACCACCUCACAUUACACCAGGUGCACCACCUCGCGUCACACCAGGCGCACCACCUCGCGUCACACCAGGUGCACCACCUCGCGUCACACCAGGCGCACCACCUCGCGUCACACCAGGUGCCCCACCUCACGUCACACCAGGUGCACCACCUCGCGUCACACCAGGUGCACCACCUCACGUCACACCAGGUGCCCCACCUCGCGUCACACCAGGUGCCCCACCUCGCGUCACACCAGGUGCCCCACCUCACGUCACACCAUUUUAA